AGACGGGGUGGUCUGCAUGUCCACGGAUGAGUGAAAGAUGUCAGCGCGCACAUGCUGAAAAACGAGGAAGGAUCUGCCUCAUUCGCAGACUGUGACAUUUUACAUUGUGUCCCGCCUACAAGGCGGUGGAGUCGUGUCUCCUUUCCACAAGUCUCUCGCCGGGAGACGGAGGGGGAUCGCCGAGCGGACCAUAGAUGGCCCGGACGCGGGAGAUUUUCUUUUCUUUUUUCCUGUAGGGUGCUCUAACCAUAACAGACAGCUAUGCCGCCGCCAGCUGACAUUGUGAAGGUUGCCAUUGAGUGGCCCGGUGCCAAUGCUCAGCUUAUAGAGAUGGAUCAGAAGAGACCCCUAUCCUCUAUAAUCCGGGAAGUAUGUGAUGGGUGGUCUUUGUCAGGCUCUGAGCAGUUUGCUCUCCGCUACGCUGAUGGUCCCCAGCUCUACAUCACUGAACAGAGCCGUGGUGACAUUAAAAAUGGGACAAUCCUUCGCUUAGCAAUUUCCCCUGGUCGCGCUGCUCGCCAACUCUUGGAGAGGAUUCAGUCGCAUGGUAUUGAUGCUCGCCUCGAGGCUUUGAAGGAGCUCGCGAAGCUGUCUGCAGAUCCGACGUUUGCCGCAGAGUUCAUAAAUAUGGAGGGCAUAGGGACACUGGCACGGCUUGUGGAGAGCGGCACCCAUUUUGGGGAAAUGCUGGCCUUCACUCUCACUGCUUUCCUGGAGUUGAUGGAUCACGGCAUUGUAUCCUGGGAUCUUAUCUCCCUGUCCUUCAUCAAACAGAUUGCAGGCUACGUGAACCAGCCCAUGGUGGAUGUGUCCAUCCUGCAGCGCUCGCUGGCCAUCCUGGAGAGCAUGGUCCUGAACAGCCACAGUCUCUACCAUCGCGUGGCCCAGGAGAUCACCGUGGGACAACUCAUCGGGCACCUGCAAGUGUCAAAUCAGGAAAUCCAGACCUACGCCAUCGCUCUCAUCAACGCUCUGUUCCUGAAAGCACCAGAAGACAGACGGCAGGAGGAGUAUACUAACCCACUGGAGCAGCACCUCACUGAAAUGGCGAGCACUUUGGCUCAGAAACACCUGCGGUCCAUCAUCUUAAAUCACGUCAUCAGAGGAAAUCGACCAAUCAAAGCGGAGAUGGCACAUCAGCUUUAUGUGCUGCAGGUGUUGACGUUUAACCUUUUGGAGGAAAGAAUGAUGACCAAGAUGGAUCCCAAUGAUCAGGCUCAGAGGGACAUCAUUUUUGAGCUGCGUAGAAUUGCCUUUGAUGGAGACACUGAUCCCACCGGUACAGAGAAGAGGAAAGCAAUGUACACCAAGGACUACAAAAUGCUAGGAUUCACCAACCAUUUGAACCCAGCCAUGGACUUUACCCAGACUCCUCCUGGGAUGCUGGCUCUGGAUAACAUGCUGUAUCUGGCUAGGGUUCAUCAGGAUACUUACAUCAGGAUCGUCCUGGAGAACAGCAGUCGGGAGGACAAGCAUGAGUGUCCCUUUGGCCGCUGUGCGAUCGAACUCACUCGAAUGCUGUGUGAGAUACUCCAGGUCGGAGAACUGCCAAAUGAGGGCUGCAACGAUUAUCACCCCAUGUUCUUCACUCAUGACCGAGCAUGGGAGGAGUUCUUCUGCGUCUGCAUCCAGCUGCUUAAUAAAACAUGGAAGGAGAUGAGAGCCACAGCUGAGGACUUCAACAAGGUGAUGCAGGUGGUCCGGGAACAGAUCACCAGGGCUCUGGCCAUGAAGCCGUCCUCCAUAGACCAGCUGAAGAACAAGCUGCGAAGCCUCAACUAUUCAGAGAUUCUGCGUCUGCGGCAGUCGGAGAGGAUGAGCCAGGACGACUUCCAGUCUCCACCCAUCAUAGAGCUGCGGGAGAGAAUUCAACCCGAGAUCUUGGAGCUCAUCAAGCAGCAGCGGCUCAAUCGCUUGUGUGAGGGAAGCUGCUUCCGUAAACUGGGGAACCGUCGAAGACAAGAAAAGUUCUGGUUCUGCCGAUUAUCUCUUAACCACAAAGUUCUGCAUUAUGGGGAUUUGGAGGAGUCACCUCAGGGUGAAGUGCCUUUUGAGCUGCUAAGUGACAAGAUCCCCGUCUCAGACAUCAAGUCUGUGUUAACAGGAAAGGACUGCCCUCAUAUGAAAGAGAAGAGUGCUCUAAAACAAAACAAGGAGGUGCUGGAGUUGGCCUUCUCCGUCCUCUAUGAUCCGGACGAAACACUUAAUUUUGUUGCACCGAAUAAAUAUGAGUAUUGCAUCUGGACCGACGGGCUGUGUGCGCUGCUGGGCAGGGAGAUGGGCAGUGACCUGACACGCAGCGACCUAGAUACUCUCAUAAGCAUGGAGAUGAAGCUCCGCCUCCUCGACCUUGAGAACAUCACAAUCCCAGAAGCCCCGCCUCCAGUGCCAAAGGAGCCUAGCUCUUAUAACUUCUCCUACAACUACAGCUGAGUCGUGUGUGUGUGUGUGUGUGUGUGUGUGUGUGUGUGUGUGUGUGAGUGUGCUUCUGUGUGUGCUCGAACGCCAUGCAUGUAUAUGUUGAUAAAAGAUACGUUUACUCAUCCUUUGAGGAUUUUAGCUGCUUAUAUUUAUAACGGUUGAUUUUUUUUUUCCUUCUUUCCAGAACUUUAAACACGUGUUUAUGAUGCAGUAUGGUUGUCAGAUAAAAAAAAAAAUGUAAUAAUAGCUUUAAGGUGAGGUCAGAGUUUAAACUUUACUUAUCAGCUGAGAAGCCUGGCAAAAGCGUCUUCAUUUCCUGUAAUUCACAGGUAGAAGUUAAAUAUGGCGGACAUGGAUCAAUAGCUGCAGAGGAGCUGUUACUUUCCUGGUAAAAGCGAAGGUUUUCUUCGCUAAGUUAAGCCAUGUGUGGAAGCCAUGGCAACUGGGAAUGAAGGGGCCACUGUUUCAGUUUUAACACUGCUGUCGUACUGCUCGGUCCUUCGCGUGUACAGUUAAAAAAAAAAAAAAA